ACCUUGCAUAGACCAGAGCCUGCUCUGCUCUCUCAGCUGCCUUAACCCUUCUGAGCCCUGAAGUCCUGUAACAAUCCCAGGAAGAAGUAAAUAAAUAAAGCAGCAUGCUAGAGUGUGUAUGAGAAGCCCUUGUUUAUAUCACACAGCAGGCUCCUGUCACUGUACACAUGGCUUUUCACAGCUCAAGCCCCAGUUGCAGUGACAGCAGCAGUGUCACCUGCAGGAGUAGCAUUCAGCAGUAUGGGCCAGAAAACCACCCAAACUUGUCCCCAACUGGCCACCUGCUGGUAGCAGUGUUCCUAGGAGUUAUUGGAAGUUUGGGUUUUUUCAAUAACCUUCUGGUGCUGAUACUUUUUUGCCAAUACAAAGCCCUGCGCUCCCCAAUUAACUUGCUCCUGAUGAACAUCUCUCUGAGUGACCUGAUGGUCUGCAUCCUUGGGACACCAUUCAGCUUUGCAGCCAGCACACAGGGACGCUGGCUCAUAGGAGAAACUGGCUGCAUCUGGUAUGGAUUCAUCAACACGCUUUUUGGAACGGUCUCCCUGGUGUCCUUGGCAGUCCUGUCUUAUGAGCGAUAUUGCACAAUGCUCCGAAGCACCGAGGCCGAUUUGACAAACUAUAAAAAAGCCUGGCUUGGAAUACUGGUAUCUUGGAUAUACUCGUUGGUUUGGACACUUCCUCCACUUUUUGGAUGGAGUAAAUAUGGGCCAGAAGGACCUGGCACAACCUGCUCUGUUAACUGGCACUCACAUGACGCCAAUAACAUAUCUUACAUUAUCUGCCUCUUUAUCUUCUGCCUGGCCUUGCCUUUCGCAGUCAUUGUUUACUGUUAUGGGAGACUGCUUUUUGCUGUUAAACAGGUCAGUGGAGUAAAUAAAGGUAAUUCACGUGCCCGGGAGCAGAGAGUACUUGUCAUGGUCAUCGUGAUGGUUGUUUGCUUCCUGCUUUGCUGGCUGCCCUAUGGAGUAAUGGCAUUGGUUGCCACGUUCGGAAAGCCAGGCAUCAUAUCCCCUUCUGCAAGUAUAAUCCCCUCUGUGCUGGCAAAGAGCAGUACUGUGUAUAACCCCAUUAUUUACAUCUUCUUAAACAAGCAGUUCUACAGAUGCUUCACUGCCCUGAUUCAUUGCAACAAAGACGCCUUAGUCUCCAGCAACAAAGGUUCAUCCAAAACCACCAAGAUCAUCUUAACCGUUCGCAAGCUGCCAGAUACUAACUUCACGGUCAAUGCGUCUUCCACCCCACCUACCAGCUCAGUGGCAAAAAAUGAAGCCAACAAUGCCGACAACAAAACUCACAACGGCAACACAAAACCAGCCAAGACUCUAGUUGCUCAUUAUACAAUUUGAUGUAACUGCUGUAAUGUGACUUGUUCCUACUGAAUAGGGGAGGAUGGUGGGUUUGUUGCCUGAAUGAUGAUGAUGAUGAUGUGAAUGAAAUAUUAUAACCCAUUUAAGGCAGGCGGAUGGGCCUGUCGAUUCUCAGGACACAUUUGCAGAAUUAACUUGACAGGUAUUGCAGUUUACAGAAAAUGUUAAAUGUUAGAACCCCUUCCAUCUCCCCAAUUUUCACUACGGUGGGCAAAGAAUUCCAGUGAGGUCCUGUUUUCCUUAUGCACUGGAACUCAAAGAAGUUGGAGUAGGGACUGAAGAUUCUGGACUUAAAGUUAUUUGUAAUGCAUUAUCAGGCUGUUCUUUACAUGUAUCUGUGUUUGUCUGUUUUUCUGUGGAAGAGAAAUUCUUCUGUAUGUUUAUGUGCAUUUCUAAAAUAAGUACA